AUGGUGAGCGAAAGCCACACCCAGGAGGACCGCGAUGACACCCCUGCACCGGAGUCCGCACUCCAGGCGGACCCCAGCGUCUCUAACCACCCCAGUGUGUCAGCCCAUCCCAGCGUCUCCAUCCACCCCAGCGUCUCUGCCUACCCCAGCAGUUCGGCCCAUCCCAGUACCGUGGCCCAACCCAGUGGCUUGGCCCAACCCAGUGGCUCGGGCCCCGAGGACCUCAGCGUGAUCAAGGUGAGCCGGCGCCGUUGGGCCGUGGUCCUGGUGUUUAGCUGCUACUCCAUGUGCAACGCCUUUCAAUGGAUCCAGUACGGCUCCAUCAAUAACAUCUUCAUGAACUUCUACGGAGUGAGUGCCUUUGCCAUCGACUGGCUGUCCAUGUGCUACAUGCUGACCUACAUCCCUCUGCUCCUGCCGGUGGCCUGGCUGCUGGAGAAAUUCGGUCUGCGCACCGUCGCCCUCACCGGCUCGGCUCUCAACUGCCUGGGGGCCUGGGUGAAGCUGGGCAGUCUGCAGCCGCACCUCUUCCCCGUCACCGUGCUGGGCCAGGUCAUCUGCUCCGUGGCCCAGGUCUUCAUCCUGGGCAUGCCCUCUCGUAUCGCUUCCGUUUGGUUCGGUGCUAAUGAGGUUUCAACAGCCUGUUCCAUGGCUGUCUUCGGCAAUCAGCUUGGAAUUGCGAUUGGGUUCUUGGUCCCUCCUGUUUUGGUACCCAACAUCGAAGACCGGGAGAAGCUUGCCUACCACAUCAGCAUCAUGUUCUACAUAAUAGGAGGUGUGGCCACUCUCCUUUUCAUCCUUGUCAUCAUCGUAUUCAAGGAGAAGCCUAAACAUCCUCCCAGCAGGGCCCAAUCCCUGAGCUAUGCCUUGUCGUCGCUUGAUGCUUCGUACUUAAGUUCCAUCAUCCGGCUCUUCAAAAAUCUCAACUUUGUGCUGCUUGUCAUCACCUAUGGUCUGAAUGCUGGUGUUUUUUAUGCCUUGUCUACUCUGCUGAAUCGCAUGGUGAUCUUGCACUACCCGGGGGAAGAAGUGAAUGCUGGAAGAAUCGGCCUGACCAUCAUCAUUGCAGGAAUGCUCGGUGCUAUGAUCUCAGGCAUCUGGCUCGAUAGGUCCAAAACCUACAAGGAGACAACCCUGGCAGUGUAUAUCAUGACUCUGGUGGGCAUGGUGGUGUACACAUUCACUUUGAACCUGGGACACCUGUGGGUAGUGUUCAUCACUGCUGGCACAAUGGGCUUCUUUAUGACUGGCUAUCUCCCACUGGGAUUCGAGUUUGCUGUGGAACUCACGUACCCAGAAUCUGAAGGCAUGUCAUCUGGCCUCCUCAACGUGUCUGCACAGGUAUUUGGGAUCAUCUUCACCAUCUCCCAGGGCCAGAUUAUUGACAACUAUGGAACCAUGCCUGGGAACAUCUUCCUGUGUGUCUUCCUCACCCUUGGAGCAGCUCUCACUGCAUUCAUUAGGGCAGAUCUCCGGAGGCAGAAAGCAAACAAAGAAACUCCUGAGAAUAAACUCCAGGAGGAAGAAGAGAGCAAUACCAGCAAAGCACCCACCACUGCAUCGAAGGAUCACCUCUGA